GAGAAAGGUUUCUCGGAGCGCCCGGAGAGGAGAGCGGCAGCGGGGACACGGCUGCCUCGGACGGGGACGCGUCCGUAGAGCAUCAUCUGCCACCCGCCCUCUGCCACCAGGCUCUAUGCGGGACGGAGCUGGCCAUGGAGAAGUUGUACUUUGCGGGGAGCAGCGUAUGGACGAUCAACAGCUCUCUGGGGAACGGCAGCCUCCGCCUGGAGAACCAGACCUCCGGGAGGAACAGCACCACGGACCCCCUGAAGAGAAACGAGGACAUGGCCAAGGUGGAGGUGACGGUCCUCUGCCUCAUCCUGUUCCUCGCCCUGACCGGCAACCUGUGCGUGCUGCUGGCCAUCCACACCACGCGGCAGAAGCACUCCCGCAUGUACUUCUUCAUGAAGCACUUGAGCAUCGCUGACCUGGUCGUGGCCAUCUUCCAGGUGCUGCCCCAGCUCAUCUGGGACAUCACCUUCAGGUUUUAUGGGCCAGAUUUCCUUUGCCGGUUGAUCAAGUACUUGCAGGUAGUGGGCAUGUUUGCUUCCACCUACAUGCUCUUGCUGAUGUCCCUGGACCGGUGCUUGGCCAUCUGUCAGCCGCUGAGGUCUCUGCACAGGAGAGCGGACCGAGUCUCUGUGCUCCUCACCUGGCUGCUGUGCCUGCUGGUCAGCAUCCCUCAGAUCCACAUAUUUUCUCUGAGGGAUGUGGGGAAUGGAGUUUACGACUGCUGGGCAGAUUUCAUCCAGCCCUGGGGACCUAAAGCCUAUGUCACCUGGAUAACCCUCAUGGUCUACAUCAUCCCGGUGUUGAUGCUGAGCAUCUGCUAUGGCUUAAUCAGCUUCAAAAUCUGGCAGAAUGUGAAGCUUAAGACGGCUCACGGACCCAACGUGGGUCUGAGCUCCAGCUCCCACAGCGGGACAGCGUUUGCCAGGGUCAGCAGCACCAGGCUCAUCUCCAAAGCCAAGAUCCGGACAGUCAAAAUGACCUUCAUCAUAGUGUUAGCUUUCAUAGUGUGCUGGACUCCCUUUUUCUUUGUGCAGAUGUGGUCUGUGUGGGACACGAACGCUCCGCAGGAAGCCUCCCCCUUCAUCAUCGCCAUGCUCCUGGCCAGCCUCAACAGCUGCUGCAACCCCUGGAUCUACAUGCUGUACACCGGGCACCUCUUCCACGACCUGAUGCGGCGCUUCCUCUGCUGCUCCACGCACUACCUGAAGUCGCGGCCGGCGUGUGACCUGGGCGUCAGCAAGAAGAGCAACUCCUCCUCCUUCGUCCUCAGCUGUAAGAGCACGAGCCAGAGGAGCUUCACGCAGCCGUCCACGACGUGAGGCCAUCACCAGCCGGGACCUUGUGGGCUGCCUUGCUGCCUCCAGCGCUUCCCUGUGAAAAGCUGGGACUCGGACAAGCAAGGGGGUUUCUAUAUAAAUAGGUGUAUAUAUGCCUGUCUGCGUGUAAGCAUGUACAGCGGUCGUUAUUUAACUGAGGCGGGCUGCGCCCAAGUUCCAGUGCUGCCUGGGACUGGACACCAGGAACCUGCGUCUGAGCCCCCAGACCACUGACGUUGGUGGCUUUUAGAUACCGCCACGAGGGGCAGGUUUUGCCCCAAAUGAUCCUGUGCUGCCGGGGCAGGUGCGCUGCGUCCCUGUCGGAUGCGAGGGGCUGCAGCACAGCGUGGUGGGUGCCACCCCAGGCACGCAGGCAUUGGACACCCGGCCCCGUCUCCACCUGCAGCAGGAAUCCCGUGGGAUGGCAGAGCCUGGCCGGGCAGAGCCAUGGGCACUGCUCUCAACACGGGUGCACUCGCUUCGCUUGAAGCACUGUGGGGCAGAGGCAGCCCCAGUCCUGCAUCCCUGCAUCCCUGCAUCCCUGCGUCCCUGCGUCCCUGCGUCCCUGCGUCCCUGAAUCCCUGCAUCCCUGUGUCCCUGCAUCCCUGCAUCCCUGCAUCCCUGCAUCCCUGCGUCCCUGCGUCCCUGCGUCCCUGCACAGUGCCAGCCCUCCUCCCCCAGCCCGGGCCCGCCAGCGGCACCACCAGCACAGAGCAGGGCAGUCCUGGCACCACGGGCUGGGGGCACAGUGGGGACAGGGCUGGGGACAUCCCUCCCGGGGGACAACGCCAGCACCCGGGUGUCCCUACCCCUGCUCUGCCCCGCGUGCUGUGUGAGGCUGCGCACACGGGUCAGCAGGAGACAGGGGAGCGGGCACGGCUGCAGGGUCAGGGGAUCUGUGCAAUAACACGUUUGCUGAGUGUGCUCAAAAGCUUCUCCCAGGGCAGGCAGGUGGGAUUACAGCUGGACUCUGAUGGAAAAACUCCUGUCGAGUCCCCCGAGGCCAAGCUUUUGCUUUGGGUUUACCAUAGACCGCAUUUAGUCUUUUACACCGAUGCAAUUUUCUUGCUCUGUAACGCACAAGGUCAUGCUUAUGGCAUGGAUUUUUUAUUGUUAAGAAAUAUCUGUAAAUAAA